UGAUAAAACAACUUAUUUUACACAUACAAAUUCAUACCAAAUCAACAAAUGUCGUUCUCAAAUGAACAAAAUGCGACAGAAUGUGAUAGGCCUACUCUUUUUGGCUUUAUUUUUAUUUCAUUUAAAAAAACAACUACAUUUACAGAUUUCAGAGGUUUACGUAAGUACUUGAAGGCAGCAUUAGGCCUAGCAACCACUGCAAGGGUCCAGUGUACCAUAGCAACCAUGGAGGAUGAGCUUUCGUUGCUGGAAGAAAACAGCAAAGAGGUCACCCAAGAACAAAAAGAACUCUACAACCGAGUCGAAGAACUAAAAUGCACCAAUGCAGCCCUCCUGGCAGAGAUCGACAUGUUUGAACGGUUCAUCGGACGCAUGGAUCCCCAGGACCUGGUUUCCCAAGCUGGGGGAGAUGGUCCCGGGCCAGCAGGAGCCUCCCAGCUGGAGAUUGGGGGUCGUGGACGAAGGCGGAAGUCACGUGCAAAUAUAUCAGAUCGCCUCCAGAAGCUGACCUUGGAACAAAAACUUUAUGUGGCACAAAGAGAAGUAGCAUGGACACGACAGGACCAGGAGAAACUCAAACAGAGAUAUGAGGGAAUUCAGGACAACUACAAGGCCUCUCUGGAAGAAGCAGAACUGCGUCUUGCAGAAAUCAGGAAGGCAAAGAAAGAGUUUGAACGAAGGGUCCUCAAACCUAUGAGGGAACACAGGUUGGAUAUGAUGGAGCCUGAGAAAGUUCUCCAGUCCAUCAAAGACAAGUCAAAGGUCACCCAGUUGGAGAAGUUUAAACUGAAGAACCAGGCACUGAAGGUCCAAGUGAAGAAGCUCCAGCAGCAGCUGCAACAGAAAAAAGAUAUGGGAAAAGCAGAGUAUGAGGACAUUUUCCAGGAGUACAGUGAGCAGAGAAUUGUCAAAAACCUGGAUGAACUUCAAGUUAACAAUUUGAAAGUGCAACGUGUCCUCAGUUCACACAAGGAGAAGCUGCAGAGAGUGACACAGGAGUCCAUAGAACUGAGCAAUGACAUCACCAACAGGAAGCAGAUGCUGGCAAAAAUCGAGGAGGAGAUAAAGCAUGCUGAAGAAGAGCGUUUAAAGGCAGAGGCCCUCAACCAACAUCUGUGCCGCCAGAUGACAGACUACCAGGCUCCUGACAUCACUGAGUACAUGCAUGUGAAGGACAAACACAAGAAGCUGCAGCAGUGCAUUCACACGUGGGAGAGGAAGGUUGGGAUUGCUGAGAUGGCCUUGAAGAGCCACACCAAAGCCUGGAGCGCACACAGAGCCACUCUUACUCCUGCAUACAGAGCUGAGGCUCGUGCCAGAUCUGGGGAGCACCAAAUCCCAGUAAAGCUCCCGCACAUAGCAGAACACAGCGCAUAGAGGAAGAGAGAAUCACACAGCCUACUGGAUUCAUCACCAUUAUUGCGUGAGGGAAGAUAAACUUUGCUGCUGUUGCAAAUACCAUUUCACAGUAUCACAGUCAUCCAGUAUGUAAUUGUUUGUCAUGAUCAUGAGAGAAAACAAUGUACUGUUGCCUUUAAGCUUUAAUACUUACCAUGUCUCACUCAUGUGUGUCCUUACACUAUUUUGAAUGAACUGUACAGCAGAUGUUCUGUGAAUGUGAAACUUGUGUAUUGAAUUAUGUUGAAAAAUAAAAUAUAAAUAUCCCCUACACUAUAA